AUAUUUUUUUCGCGUGGGUUUUUUUAACGCUAAUUGCCUAAAUGGCAAAGGCAAAGUGCAAAGUGUGACAGUGCAAGAGAUUGAGAGCGAGAGUGGCAGGGAGCACGGGGUUAGAAGGAAUCUGGGUCUGAUCCUCACAAACUGGAGGCGUACAUCGCGCUCUGCGAUGUGGUGCGAGCUCUGGAAUUGCCGCCGAGCCACACCACAAACGGGAGCUGGAAGGGAGACCAAAACUAGGAUUGCAAUUGGAACUCAAACUGAAACUGGAAGGAGUAGAAAUCGGACUGGGACUGAGGUUGACGGGCAGAAAGCAAAUGUAGUCGGCAGUUAGAGCAGGAGCCACCGUUGCCACCGUUGCCACCGCCAGAUGAGCCAGAUGAUCGAAUGGUGGUGAUCCUCCUACUGUCGCCAUGCACAUGCAGCAGCAGCAGCAGCAGCAGCCACGCCGCCCACAUCCUCGAUCCCAUCCAUCAGCAGCAGCAGCACGUCCUUGUCCCAGCAUCAGCACCAGCACCAGCACCCGCACCCUCCAAGUCUGGGGAUUCACGGAGCAGCAAUGAGUCCUCAUCGGCAUCCACUGGCGACACAGCCAUUCCGGCUGGAUACCUGCAGCUGCACCAUCAGAAGCAACAGGAGCAGCAGCAGCAGCUCCAACGAAAUCAAUCCAAUAAUCCCCACCAGCCUAGUCAUAGUCAUAGCCCAGCAUUAUUACUGCCCGCAGGCAGGUGGCUCCCGCUGCCAUUGCCGCUGCCCCUGCCCCUGCUCCAGCCGGCAAAUCCUGUGCCCAAGCCACCGCGCACCCAUGGCAUCCAUUGGCAUACAUCGCCGUAUCCCAUUUAUGCUGGCUAUACCACCUAUCAGCCGCAUCCUGUCGCCUCCGAUCUACCGCCGCCACAGCCGCCGCUGCCACCGCCACCAGCAAUCGUCUUUCGAGUGCAAUCAUCACUGCCCAACGGUGGUUUCACCAAUGCCACCACCACCACAACCACCACCACUGACUAUGUACGUCACGUGACCCGCGUUAACUUCUACGACAUUACUUCGCAGGUCGAAUUCGAGCCCAAAGAUGACGAGGAGAGCAACGAGGCCACGGCAAGCAAUUGCGAUACAGAAGCUAUUACCAAAGAAGAGGAGUGGAUAACGAAGCGCAAGACAGAACUCACAACCACCAGACAGAUCGAAACGAGGGUAAAACGACAGGUGAAGCUGCAGGAUGGCAAGGUUAUCGAGGAUUCGGGCCCCAUUGUCUCCACCAACACCACUGAGGACACCGAUAAACAGGAAACGGAAACCACCGAGAAACGUGACCUUGACCUGCCUGACGACCUUGAUGGCAACGCCCAGCUGAUCGAUGUGGCUGCCUUACAGGCGGGCGCUGUAAAUGAAACGCAAUUGGCCCAAAUCCAGGAAGUAUUUGGACCCGCCGAAGGAGCUGGAAAGCUGGUCAAACGGAUUGUUCCCCGGCCAACGGAUGGUCUGGUGCGUCAGGUGGAUGAUAAACGGGUCAUCUCCCAUGAGGAGAUUAAAGACUACCACGAAACGGAGGAUGUUAAGCAUCUGGGUGAUUUUACAGACCAGACCUACGUGAACGCUGUACGUGACGGUGUCGAGGAUCUCGAAGCCGUACUGUGUUCACCGGAGAGUCAGCGGCAACUAGCACCUCUCGGUCCUCAGGUGGUGGCCAGUCGAAGCAAGUCCCGGAAGACAAUCGACUCGGAGGAUACACGUAAACGGUGUCUGGCCCAGGAGGACGGUACUUUGGUCACCGAAAGUCGACGAACCACCGAGCACGAGCUAAUCGUUGACGACGAACUGCCGCCGGACGACACCGAUCCCAAGACUAGUACCACCAAUAAUCUCUCCCAUCGGGAUGAACGCAACCUCCAGCAGUUGGUGGGGGCCAAUAGGGAGCAGUUGACCACCACGGCGUCCAAUCAGCGCUUUUUCCGGCAGCGCGACGAGCAGCAUGUGGAUGUGCUAGCCAACGGAAGGCUCCACUCCACCGAGAUGCGCUACGCCGCCGAGACGACGCAAAUGGACAAGGACGGGCCCGCGGAGCUGGAGCGACCGGGCGAUUGGGAUAGCCUCUCCGAUCGGAUGCGAAAGCUCCGUCGAUCCCAGCAGCAGCAGCAGAAGGAAGUGGCCCUGCUGGCGGAUCGUAAGGAUGCCCUGACCAAGCGGCCUCUGGACUUCGAUCGCGAGGAGGAGACACGCAAGGGUGAGACCAUGAAGUGGCUUGAGUCACACUUUGGCAGCGAAUCCACUGCCUCCAACGAUUCCCGCGAUGACGAGGCCGAGGCCGAGGUGGAGCCCACCAAGAAGAGCUACUUCAAUGUGACCAUCAAGUCACAGAGCCAGCCACAGUCGGCCCACAUCCAUGCCCAGUCCCACCUGGCGGCCAGCACUCAGCAUAGCCAGCAUAUCCAGCACAUGCAUGCCCAGCAUCAUCCCCAGACGCUGCCCAGGAGCGCAGAGCGUGAAAGGGAGCGGGAAAGGGAGAGAGAGCGAGAGCGAGAUCGUCAUCCGCCGGCCAUGGUCACCACAUCCGCUACGCUGGAGCGAAAACCAGUGGCGACCAAUGCCACAGCAGUUGGUGGUGGUCGCUCCAAGUACUUCCAGGGCAUCUCCAAUUGGUCAGAGCGUAAGGAUCCCACGGGUCCGCCUGUCAAUCACUUCUCCUCGCAGGCCUUUCGCGAGGAUCUGCAGGAGACCAUACGGCGCAAUGGACUCAAGAAGAAGGUGAGUGGUGGCCCCGGAUCGAGUCACAGCUCCGUUCUGCCAUCGCCAGGCCAUCAGGAUAUCAGCAUCAGGCAGCAGUCACAGUCCAAGGACAGCUAUGUCAGUCGCGAGGACAUACUGCAGCAGAAGCGUCAGAGUUUGUCCUCACAGUUCCUGGCCCGCUCCAUGCGUGGCUCUCGUGAUGCCCUCGAUGAUCUAGAGGCAAUUCCAGGACCGGGACCAGGACCAGGUCCCUCCAUGCUAUCCGGCCGUGCCGAAGAGCCAUCGCACAAGAGAGUGGCCUAUGGUCAUCGCAGUGGAAGUAACACCACCACCACCAGCACCAGUGGACACCAUAUCAACGGGCAUGGGCAUCCGGUCAAUGGACAUGGACCUGUCCUGGUGAAUGGACGCGGCAAGAGCUAUGAGCCAGCCCCUCCUCCACCGCUGCCGGCAUCAUCGGUGGGUCCACCCAUGGAGAGCAGCAGUAGUAGCUUGGGUCCUAAUUCGCGACCCACUGUCCCGCAGCGACGACGUGCCAUCGAGAAAAAGCUGGGCGAGCACAGCCACACAUCUCACGUCUCACAUAGCCACAGCCACAGUCAGGGUCAUCUGCCGAUGGUCAAGUCGCAGGCCCCGUUGCCGGGCCAAUUGAAUCAACUGGAGCCGCCGCCGGACUACUCACCACCUCCAAGGAGUCGCAGUCGCUCCUCCUCGCCCCAGGUGGACUAUCUAAUGACCAGGGAGAGAGAGGUGCCCUCUAGCACCAUGACCCUAAGCAGGAAGCAACAGCAACGGACCAGAUUUGCACCCACAUCCAGUUACCCGCCGGCAUCAGGAGCAGCCGGUGGUAAUCUACGAAUGCCAACGGGUGCCACCUCUGCCUCCACCUCGAAUCUAUCGGCCAUGAGUGCAGGCCCAGGAGGAGGCGGCGGUAGUACCUCCAAGUCAAGUCGCAUGGGUCGGGUUAUAGGCAACUCUCUAAGGAAGCUGGUCAGCAAGAUUCGAUCAGCCAGUGCCGAGCGCAAAUUCCGCAUGAAAUCAGCGGCCAGCAAGUCGCGUGAACAGUCUCCCAGUCCGGGCCAUGAAAUCCGAGGAGGAAUCGGUGGUCCACCGCCAGUGACUACCUAUCAGCAAUAUAAUGUCAUUGAUGGUCACAUAGGCCAUGGCCAUAGUCAUGAUUCCGAGGACUCUAAUAGUGAUAAUCAGCGGCGCAGAGAGCGCGAGAGAGAACGGGAAAGGGAGAGGGAACGGGAACGGGAUCGAGAUCGAGAAAGGGAUCCUUUGAAGCAGGAGACCCAGUCCCGGCAGAAUUUCAAGCGCGCCGAGUCUGCAGAUCCCCAGUUGCAGCACCUGGAGCAGGCUAUCAGUCCCAGACAGCGUUAUUAUCUGGGCGAGGAUCCUUAUUCCAGCACGCUCUAUGGCAAGGAGAAUCUCUACGAGCGACGUCCACGACAGCGGAAUGUCCCGGAGCGUCCAGAGGAGCGUAUGGAACGUCUAGAGCGACUGGAGCGGGAGGAUGACUACUACGAAUCGAGGGCUCCACCGCCGCCGGUAACAGCUGCUCAUACCCUGGGACGCUAUCAGAAGCAUGGUCAGCGUUUCAGCGGUUCCACACCCAAUCUCCACCAGCAGCAGCAGGACUAUCGAUCGGCCCAAACGUUGCCACGGAAGCUGCAUGAGCAGCGGACUCAGAGAUUUGGAAAUGCGCCACCGCCACCGGCAGCUCCACCACAGGGCAGAGCCAGCAGCUAUCUGGGACAACAGCAAUCGUCAAGAGGAAUGCCAAAUGCAAAUCAGAAUUCCAACCAGAUCCCCAAUCCAUCGCAGCCACAGCCCCUGGGACCGGCAAAGCCGGCUCGCACCUAUGCCAAGGUCCUAAAUCGCAGCAAGAGCUUCAAUGUCCAUGGCAUGAAUGGCAGCAAUGAUCCUAGUCCCAUCUACAUUGAGAAACUCACACGGAAUAAUUACCACCAGCAGCCCACCACCAGGCAGGAGCCAAGCUUUGGCUAUGGUCUGGGCCAGGGACCCAACUCCAAUUACAAAUCCAACCCACAUCUCUUUUCCGGCAAGGAUAACUCCCUUAAGAGCGGUCUCAAGAGUCCAUCGAUUGUUAAUCUGAUCAGUCGCAGCCAAAAGGAUCUGACCAAGAUAGCUGGAAAUGAGGAGGAUGAGUUGAGUUACCCAGGCCAGGGGCAGGACCAGGAUAAGAAGCAGCUGUAUCUACGGGGCUUACAUCAGCAGGCACCGGAUCUUUAUCGUGUGAUUCACGGCGACGAGGAAUAUGCUGCUGCUGCUCCUCCUCCUCCAGUACAGCAACGCAGCAAUGGCAAGUAUCCGCUGCAGACCAAGUACUCCCUCGACUCUCGAUCACCGCCAUCCGUGGAGCUCAACAAGGACACGGCCAGCAUUGUGCGACGCAGCAGUGAGGUGGAUCAUCAUCAUCAGCACCAGCAGCAUCAGCAGCUCCUCCAUGUCCAGAGCCAUCAAACGCAGAACAUGCGUCGCGGCUCUGGUGCCACCAUCAUUGAGCUGCGCACCGCCGCCGGUGGACAUCGGAAGUAAUUCUCAGCCAGAGAUCCCGCCAGAGAAACUCCUUCACAGUCGAACUUAUUUCUGUUUUUAAUUAAUGCAUUAUCUAUGUUUUUUACAAGAUCAACCUUCUGUAUAACUUUAGUUUUUAUACAAGUUUCUGUUAUGCCAACAACAGUCCUAUUUUUUCUCCUUUAAAUUUUGAUAGAAGGAGGAAUCCUGUGAAAUUAUAAAAACAAGUUCUUAUUUGACCUUUAAUUGAAAAACAACAAUACUUUUGAGAUCCCAGAAAUGUUUAAUAAGAACCAGAAACUCCUUUUAUUUUUUUUUUAACGAAUGCCUUAAAUUCCCUUAAAAUAUU